CGGAAGCGCGCUGGUGCGCAUGCAUGAGAGCAGGAGCGCGCAGUGUCCCGGUCGGUUGGUCGGUCCCGCGGUGGAGUUGUAAAGGAUGGAGGUCCGACCUGAGCGCUUUAAAGCGGUAGCGGCCAAAACACUUGGAAGGAUAAACAGGGUUUUGGAGAAGCGUCAGGAGAAUGGAGAGACCAUCGAGUUGUCAGCAGAAGGCCGUCCGGAGCUGCAGGAGGAGAAGGAGCUGCCGGUGGUGGACUGCACAUGUUUCGGUCUGCCGCGGCGCUACAUCAUCGCCAUACUGUCAGGCCUGGGCUUCUGCAUCUCCUUCGGGAUCCGCUGUAAUCUGGGAGUGGCCGUCGUCAGCAUGGUCAACAACCACACCGUCUACAGAGAUGGAAAACCCUACAUUGUGAAAGCACAGUUCUCCUGGGAUCCAGAGACUGUAGGAAUGAUUCAUGGCUCGUUUUUUUGGGGAUAUAUCGUCACUCAGAUUCCAGGAGGGUUUAUCUGUCAGAAAUUUGCUGCCAACAGGGUUUUUGGCUUUGCGGUGGUGUCCACGUCUAUCCUGAAUAUGAUGAUUCCCACUGCGGCACGAAUGCACUUCGGCUGUGUGAUCCUAGUGAGGAUAUUACAGGGGCUCGUUGAGGGUGUUUCUUACCCAGCAUGUCAUGGGAUCUGGGCGAAAUGGGCUCCGCCUCUAGAGAGAAGCCGAUUGGCCACAACAGCAUUCUGUGGUUCGUAUGCGGGCGCAGUGAUAGCGAUGCCGUUGGCUGGUGUUCUGGUCCAAUACUCCGGCUGGUCCUCGGUCUUCUAUGUGUACGGUAGUUUUGGUGUGUGUUGGUAUCUGUUCUGGAUUCUGGUGUCGUAUGAGAGUCCAGCAGCUCAUCCCACCAUCACACCAGAGGAACGCAAAUACAUCGAGGACGCCAUCGGGGAAUCAGCUGGACUGGUCAACCCACUCACGAAAUUUAACACCCCCUGGCGUCAGUUCUUCACAUCGAUGCCCGUCUACGCCAUCAUCGUGGCCAACUUCUGCAGGAGCUGGACCUUCUACCUGCUGCUCAUCAGCCAGCCGGCGUACUUUGAGGAGGUCUUCAAGUUCGAGAUCAGCAAGGUUGGCAUUCUCUCUGCUCUCCCUCAUCUGGUGAUGACCAUUGUUGUGCCCAUCGGCGGUCAGUUGGCAGAUUAUCUGCGAACUCAUAACCUCAUGACCACCACCAACGUCAGGAAACUCAUGAACUGCGGAGGUUUUGGUUUGGAGGCCACGUUUCUGCUGGUUGUGGGUUUUUCUCACACGAAAGGAGUCGCCAUUUCAUUUCUGGUUCUUGCUGUUGGGUUUAGUGGUUUCGCCAUCUCAGGCUUCAAUGUGAAUCAUCUGGACAUUGCACCGCGCUACGCCAGUAUACUGAUGGGCAUCUCUAACGGCGUCGGGACGCUCUCCGGCAUGGUGUGUCCUUUGAUUGUUGGUGCCAUGACCAAAAACAAGACGCGCGAGGAAUGGCAGUAUGUGUUUCUCAUUGCUUCACUUGUUCAUUAUGGUGGAGUUAUCUUCUACGGUCUCUUUGCGUCAGGAGAGAAGCAGCCGUGGGCCGAGCCGGAGAACACGAGCGAGGAGAAAUGCGGGAUUUUAGGAGAAGACGAGCUGGCGGAUGAAACUGAGGAGCUGUACCGCUCAGCGGGCGGUGGCUAUGGUGCAACCAUGCAAUCAGGAGACCCCAACGGGGCGGGGACUGGAGGGGGCGGAGCCGGAGGUAGCUGGGUCUCAGACUGGGACAAAACGGAGGAAUACGUUCAACCAGUGGGAACAAACAGCUUCCUGUACGGAGGAGAAGAGGGCAGAGGGAUGAACGAAUGACUUCCACAGCUCACAGAGUACAAGCAGAACGGGACGGGUGGGUGAAACACAUCCCAAACACUAACUGACUGGAACGAGGACUUGCUUUUUAACCCAAACUAAAAGAAAAUACUAUAAGUAACAUCAAGGCUUUCCAGUGAUAUCACACAGAUUGAGUAGAGGUGUGUGUGAGAGUGUGUUUUGAGUGCAUGUGUGGACGUUUAACACGAUUUGAAGGUCAUUAACGGGGUCAUGAACUAGUUUAGCGUAUGUAAAGGUAAAUUAACACUAUAAUAAACUCUUUUCUGUUUUGACCCACAUCAGAACUCUCUCUUUGAAUGGCUGAUUGAAGUCACACUCACUGUUCUGAUUGGCUGGGACUUUUGCAUAUUAACAAGGCAAAACAGGCAGUGAUGUAAAAGUGGGCGUUGAUCUUGUGUGGAGGCGGAGCUUAUUUACCUAAUGACAUCAUAGUUUAGAACACACCAGAGCCUGUGGUUUUGUCCGACUGCCUUUAAUAAAAGCUGAUUUUAGAGGAACCACAGAGUUUAUAGUUCUGAAACUUGCAGUAUUGUUUUUAUAGUAUUAAGAGUCUUCAUUUGGCAAAAGAUCAAGGGUUUUUUGGUUUCUCAGUUCAUGACCCCUUUAAAUCAGUCCAAGUGUUUGACUUUCUGCUGAGUUUUAGUAUGUAAACUGAUCAUCGCGGGUUCGACAGUGUUACUCUUAUGAAAUAUUACUGCCUAAUUUGUGACAAUCCUGAAACUGUGUGUGAAAGGUGAAUCUCACACACGAAACAGACGUUCAAGUUAAAUUCUGCAGCACAACUAAGGCAUAAUUCCAAUGACAAAAGUACAAUUUAGGGAAUUGAUCUCAUGUGCCAAUACUGUGAGGUGUGUUUAGUAUUGGUCCCUUUCCAGUGAGAGUCUCAUGUAGACGGAUGCACAGUUAAUGGCUAGUGAUAGGAAUUAUUAUUCGGAUGAGCUUAUGGUAGCGUUGAUAAUAUACAGUCGUGGUCAAAAUUAUUGGCACCCCUGGUAAACAUGACAUGGAGAUACAUCUGUAUUAUUAAUACUUUCUGAACUCUGAAAAUUAAAAUUUGGGCACAAUCUCAUUACAAAAUAAAUGUUUUUCUCCAAUACAAGUUGGUCAAAAUUAUUGGCGCCCCAUUUGGCAAAUUUGCCCAGAUUUGUUAUGAUGCUUGAUGACUUUGAAGGAAAAUUGGUAAAAGAUAUAAGCAUUUUCCAUACAGAAUCUUGCAAGAUCAUUCAGGUUUUCUGGUCCAUAUUGCAGCUCUUUUCUCAUUUACUAAAUGGUUCAGGUCAGGUGACUAAAAUGGCCAUUGCAGAACCCUUCUUUGGAACCCAUUUGUUCAAUUCAGUUCAAUUCAUUUUUAUUUGUAUAGCACUUUUACAAUGUAAAUUGUGUCAAAGCAGCUUCACAUAGAACUUCUAGUAAACUGAAACAGUGUCAGUCCAGUUUUCAGAGUUGAAGUUUAGUUUAGUUCAGUUCAGUGUGGUUUAAUUUUCACUGCUGAAAGUCUAAACACUGAAGAGCAAAUCCAUCGAUGCUCAGCUACACAAGUCCCAAACUUUGUGUGGUCAUCUUGUGCAUUUUGUAUGCUCAUGUGACCAUGAAACCAUCACAUUUGAACUUCCUGUAGUGUCUGACAGCUAAAUAUGCUGCAGUUAGUUUUCUGAUGGAGUGAAGAGUUAUUGUUUCUAAUACUGCCCCACAUAAUUUGUGGUCACGUUGAUGCUGUUUGAUUUUAAUGAUUUAAUGAUUUAUUUUUUCUGAUCUUAAGAUCCUAAUCAUUUUAGCAAUUUUCCACCUGUAAUUCUCAGAGUACAUCAAGAUUCUCAGAGCACAUAAAGAUGAUACAGACACACA